AUGACUGACCAGCGGGCCGCCAAUUCUUCGGACUCCCUGUCUCGACGGAGGCCCAAUUUCUCCACGCGCACCGCUGAGGAGGAUGUCUCCAGAUUAGACCCUAGUGAAUCGACCAAAUCAUCACCGGAACACAGUAGUCAAGUCUUUCAAGGAACAACUACAGUUCCAAAUCGUGAGGACCAUCGAUAUGAACGGCUGAGGCCAUCUUCACGUUCGCCUGAGCGGCACCGUCACUCACUUCCUACCAAUCUCUUCAGUAAUGUUACCCAGUGGUGGAGCGGACAAGGCAGGGAUGGAAGACACGACUUUCCCAGGGCAGGGACUCUUCCUCCACCCCCAGCUUCAGGUCCCUUCCGAGAGUCUGGCGUAGACCAGAAAGAGCGCGAGGCUCAGAACCGAGCUUCCGACAAUUCUGACAAGCUGGGGACAUUUUCAGGAGUCUUUGUACCAACGACAUUGAACGUCUUGAGUAUUUUGAUGUUUCUCCGGUUCGGGUUCAUCCUUGGACAAGCUGGACUGCUGGGAAUGCUAGGUCUACUUGUCAUUUCGUACACCAUCAACCUGGUGACGACCAUGUCGCUUUCCGCCAUCGCGACUAAUGGCACAGUCCGCGGUGGUGGCGCAUACUAUCUGAUUUCUCGCUCACUGGGCCCCGAGUUUGGUGGCUCCAUUGGCAUUGUGUUUUACCUUGGAUAUGUGCUGAACACUGGUAUGAAUGCGGUGGGUCUGGUUGAUUGUUUCAAACAGAACUUCGGCACAGAAUCUGGCACCUGGGCCAAUUUUCUCGAAGAAGGCUUCUGGUGGCAGUAUCUAUGGGGAACCAUAAUCUUGGUCCUAUGCACUGGAAUAUGUUUAGCUGGAAGCUCGAUCUUUUCCAGGGCCAGCAACGGACUGCUGGUCAUCCUGCUGGUCGCAACCUUCAGCAUACCUUUAUCUGCAAUAUUCAUGAAGCCGUUCAGCAUCCCUAGAAUCGGGGUCGAGUUCACGGGCUUCCGCCUCCAGACGUUGUUAGAAAAUCUCAAGCCCAAGCUCACCAAGGGUGCGGCAGGCAGCCAGCUCCCAGGACGUGAGAAUUUCCAGGAUCUGUUUGGUAUCUUGUUCCCUGCUACUGGUGGUAUUUUCGCCGGUGCUAGUAUGUCUGGGGACCUGAAGAACCCUAGCAAAUCCAUCCCAAAAGGCACUCUGUGCGGCUUGGGGCUCACGUUCGUGACUUAUACUUUGGUGAUUGUCGCUAUGGCUGCCUCCAUCACCCGUGACUCAUUUUACAGAAAUGCCAAUGUUGUACAAGUAGCGAAUCUCUCCGGGGCUGUCAUCCUCAUGGGGGAGUUCGCAACCAGUUUCUUCUCAUCAUUGAUGGGAGUUAUCGGUUCGGCCAAGCUCCUUCAAGCAAUUGCACGAGAUGGUCUGCUUCCAGGGCUCGGGAUCUUCGGCCAGGGCACGAAGAAAGCUGAUGAACCUGUCUACGCGAUCAUCAUAACCUAUAUAGUCGCUCAGGUUACGAUGCUGUUUGACAUCAAUCAGAUUGCCUCAUUCGUUACCAUGACAUAUCUCAUGACAUUUCUUGUCACAAACCUUGCGUGUUUUCUGCUGAAGAUUGGAUCUGCCCCGAAUUUCCGCCCCUCCUUCCACUAUUUCAACUGGCAGACCGCAGCAACAGGCACCUUGGUCUGCGGUGCAAGCAUGUUUUUCGUGGAUGGCGUCUAUGCUUCAGGCUGCGUUGCGAUACUGAUGCUACUCUUCCUCCUCAUCCACUAUAGUUCACCGCCCAAGCCAUGGGGCGAUGUGAGCCAGAGUCUGAUCUACCACCAAGUGCGAAAGUAUUUGCUUCGGCUUCGGCAAGAACACGUCAAGUUCUGGCGACCCCAGAUCUUACUAUUUGUGACCAACCUGGAGGAACAGUCUCGGAUGAUAUCCUUCUGCAACUCUCUGAAAAAAGGGGGCUUAUUUGUACUAGGUCACGUUCUUGUCACUGAUGACUUCUCCGCAGCCGUGCCGGAAGCCCGGCGUCAACAGAGUGCGUGGACCAAGUUCGUUGAGAAUUCUAAAGUCAAGGCUUUUGUCAACAUCACGGUCUCUCCAACACCAGAAUGGGGUAUUCGCAAUGUUGCUUUGAGUGCGGGACUUGGCGGUAUGCGACCGAAUAUUGUGAUCAUCGAUCAGUUUCGUAAAGGGCGGUCCUUAGUGGAAAGAUUCCAUUUUGCAGGCCGAAGAGAUUCAGGACGAAAAGACUCAGGGGGUAGACGCAUCUCGCGUGAGUCAAUCUUAAUGACGGACAGCUCGCCCGAGACACCAAUGGCCUGCCGAAGCUAUGUGACUAUCUUGGAGGAUCUCCUCUUCAAGCUGCGCAUGAACGUUGCUGUGGCUAAAGGAUUCGAAACUCUCGAGCUGCCCGGUCCCCAGGGACAACAUAUGAAAAAGUAUAUCGAUCUUUGGCCCAUUCAGAUGAGUGCAGAGCUAGGCGCGGAUACUGAGAGCAAGAAAAAUGUCUUGACUACGAACUUCGACACUUACACCUUGAUCUUGCAAUUAGGGUGCAUCCUCAACACCGUCCCAUCUUGGAAGAAGACAUACAAGCUACGGGUAUCAGUAUUUGUUGAGUACGAGACUGACGUGGAGGACGAACGGGGCAGGGUUGAGGCGUUGUUAGAAAAGCUCAGAAUCGAGGCCGAGGUUUUAGUGUUCUGGCUUGCCUGCGGAGACCUCAAAACAUACCGUAUGAUUGUGAAUGGCGAAAUCACUCCAGAGACGGAAGAUUAUGUCGACCAUGUUCACGAAGCUCUCAAGGAUGAAGAUUGGUGGCAAGACAUCCGACGAGCUCGUAGCGUUCUCGAGGCCCAUGACCAAGCCGAACUGGGUAGAAUCGCCCACUCAAGGGAGAGGAUGUCCAGCUGGCCUGUCCAAAGCCCCGAAAAUGGUAUCCAACGACCACCGCACCAGCUGGUUGGCGGACUGCGAAAGCUCAUGCUGUCGUCCAAACGACGACGAUCAAUCUCCAGCUUCCGUGGCCUCGGAAGCGUCAGUCUGGGUAUGCAAACCCAUCGCCUGCUCGAUGCUUUCGUAGACUACGACGUCUCCAGCGAGUCCAGCACAAGUGACAGCAGCGACGAGGAGUUUGAACCAUACCGGGAUGAUAACGAGUCUGAUGAGGAAGACGAGCAUCACCAACACGACUACUCCCAUGACCCCGACCAAAGCUCCCAGCAGAAUAUCUUCAGCCCCAUCAAAGCCAAGCAAAGAGAAUCAUCUGAAUCUGCUACCCCGGACCAACCGGUCCCCUCGAUCAUCAUGACCGCCGACACUGGCACAGACCCCGCAGGAACCCCUCAAACUCCCCCAUCACCAUCAACCGUCCUCCCGCGGCCCAAACCAUCCCGCUCACCGUCCAGCAACCGCUUCAGCUCCUCCCCCAUCCCUGAAGCCCGCGUCAACACCGAAGAAGAAGGCGCUGGCCCGUCCAUCAUGUUCGCCGCUAGCUCCUCCCCGCCGCGCUCCGCCUCUCACCACCGGAUUGAAUCCAUCUACACCCGCCGUUCAUCCUCCGGACCCUCGUCUGUUUUCGCGGCGCGAGCGGCGGCCGCAACCGGGUACCCACAGCAGGCGUCUGUGCCCUUCUCGUUCAACGAUCUACCAAGCCGGGCACAGCACCUGAUUCUGAACGAGCUAAUGGUGAGACAUAGCGAAGACACGGCGGUGAUCUUCACGACACUGCCAUCACCGUCCGAGGGAACGGCGCAGAAUGAGGCGGCGAGUGCUUCGUACCUGAGCGAUCUCGAGAUCUUCUGGCAGGGUUUGCCGCCUUGUUUGCUGGUGCAUAGCAACAGUAUGACUGUAACGAUGAACCUGUGA